AGUAAAAUAGCCACCGUAUGUAAAUAAUUGCUUUAAACAAUCCGUGGUUGAUAAUUCAUUACAGAAUUGUUCACAUGAAUGAAAGAUCAGAAAACGAUAACGUUGAUUGACCUGUUGUGACAAAACCUCUGGAAUGGUAACUGCUGAUGUGUCGUCAUAUGCAGCAUGUGAUUCCUCUGAUAAUAUUGAUCGUAUGGCGCAGAUGGACUGGAACAGCAUGAUCUGAUGAUGACUACAAACAUGAGGACAACAUCGGAUCCUAUUCUCCUCACCCUUUAUAAAUUGGCACGAGAAGCAUCAGUGGGACAGACACCAAAACUCUGAGCAACUAGGCAGCAGCAGCAGCUCCCUCUCUUCCACACUUGCCAGUGUCCAAAGCUUCUCUCAUGGAGAUUGCACUCACAGUUAGCGCUGUUUCUCACCAAAGCGUACCUGUUCUGGUGCUCAUAUCUUUUCUGUCCCUGUUCAGCGCAUUUCUGAUAUACUUCUAUGCACCCUUAUGGAGUGUGAGGAGAGUCCCAGGGCCUCCAACCAGAUUCCCCAUAGGCCAUCUUCACCUUCUUGCCAAGAAUGGGCCAGACGUUUUCCGUGCCAUCGCGAAGGAGUAUGGUCCAAUCUUCAGGUUUCACAUGGGAAGGCAGCCUCUGGUGAUCGUGGCCAAUGCCGAGCUGUGCAAGGAGGUUGGCAUCAAGAAGUUCAAGGACAUCCGCAACCGGAGCACCCCGCCGCCGUCGAUCGGUUCCCUGCACCAAGAUGCCCUCUUCCUCACCAGGGACUCAACGUGGUCGGCGAUGAGGAGCACAGUGGUCCCGCUCUACCAGCCAGCGCGGCUCGCCGGGCUCAUUCCAGUGAUGCAGUCGUAUGUGGACAUACUGGUGGCCAACAUCGCCGGCUGGACGGACCAGGACUGCAUCCCCUUCUGCCAGCUCUCGCUGCGGAUGGCCAUCGACAUCAUCGGCAAGACGGCCUUCGGCAUCGAGUUCGGCCUGUCGAAGAAUGCCGCAGGCGGCGGCGGCGAGACCGAAGGCGGCGAGGGCGACGACAACGUCAGGGAGUUCCUCAAGGAGUACAAGCGGUCCAUGGAGUUCGUCAAGAUGGACCUGUCGAGCUCGCUGUCCACCAUCCUUGGUCUCUUCCUCCCGUGCGUCCAGACGCCGUGCAAGCGGCUGCUACGGCGGGUGCCCGGCACGGCGGACUACAAGAUGAACGAGAACGAGCGCCGGCUGUGCUCCCGCAUCGACGCGAUCAUAGCCGGCCGGCGGCGAGAUCGCGCCACGCGCCGGCGUGGCGGCGACGGCGUCAGCGAGGACGACGCCGCCCCGCUGGACUUCAUCGCGGCGCUGCUGGACGCGAUGGAGAACGGCGGCGGCGCCAAGGACUUCGCGCUGGCGGACAGGCACGUCCGCGCGCUGGCGUACGAGCACCUCAUCGCCGGCACCAAGACGACGGCGUUCACGCUGUCGUCGGUGGUGUACCUGGUGUCCUGCCACCCGCGCGUCGAGGAGAAGCUGCUCCGGGAGGUGGACGGCUUCGCGCCGCGCCACGGACGCGCGCCGGACGCCGACGAGCUCCAGAGCAGGUUCCCCUACCUCGACCAGGUCAUCAAGGAGGCCAUGCGGUUCCACCUCGUCUCGCCGCUCAUCGCCAGGCAGACCUCCGAGCGCGUGGAGAUCGGCGGCUACGUCCUCCCAAAGGGCGCGUACGUGUGGCUGGCGCCGGGGGUGCUGGCCAGGGACGCGGCGCAGUUCCCGGACCCGGAGGAGUUCCGGCCAGAGCGGUUCGCGCCGGAGGCGGAGGAGGAGCGGACGCGCCACCCGUACGCGCACAUCCCCUUCGGCGUCGGGCCGAGGGCGUGCAUCGGGCACAAGUUCGCGCUACAGCAGGUGAAGCUCGCCGUGGUCGAGCUCUACCGCCGGUACACAUUCCGGCACUCGCCGGCCAUGGAGUCGCCGCUCCAGUUCGACUUCGACCUCGUCCUUGCCUUCCGCCACGGCGUCAAGCUCAGGGCCAUCAGGAGAAGCUGAGGCUGGCACUGGCUUGCUUGGGGUCACGUGUGGAACUGCAUCCGUGAUGGUGCCACAGUGUGCCUUCUUGUGUGUAAUUUGUAGAAUAUUAUAUAUUCAUAUAUAGUACGUACUAGUUAGCAUAUAUUGAGUAUAUUUAUAUAUAUAAAUAUAUAUGUAAAUAGAUGGUGAAGAAGAUUGCACGUAUUGAACAGCUGGUAAAGGUGUUGCAGAUACAACUUCAGUAGAAGAAUUUGUAUGUUGUACGGACGAAACAUGAAUUUGGCAGAUUUCACGAG